UUUUAGCUCUGUUGUCAGGUGUACUCUAAAAGUUUAAAGUAAAGCUGUAGAUAAUUCCUACAGCUAUGUAAUACGUUACAAAUCUUGCUCCAUGUUAAACUACACAGAAUUAUGCACUGAUCCAGGAGGCAGGACCUUCUUCCUGUAUUUACUUUCUUGGUCCCGCCCUAUAAAGUUCUGACCAAUAAGUAUAGAGAAUAUUUUGAUGUGUAAGUUGUAGUGAUUGGCUGUAGUGUAUUGUGCCUCAUUUAGAAAUGUAGCCAGGCUGAAACAGAUCAGAAUAACAAUGGUAAAACCUAAUAAGGGAUUGGCUGAAUCAUUGGAGACAUGUAAAUUUGUUGUUUUUUUCUGACAUCACAAAACAAUGCAUUUCAAAUGGCUUAGUUAAUAUGUCAAGUCAAGUCAAGAGGCUUUUAUUGUCAUUACACCUGAGUACAGAUAAACAGUGUAACGAAACUCUGUUUCUCCGGAACCAUGAUGCAACAUAGAACAACAAUACAAUAGACAAACAUUAAGUGAAAGAGUGUACGAAAAAGUGCAACAGAAAAACUAUAACACUACAAUAAAUACAGCAGAUGAGACAAUUUAACAGACAGGACAUGAUGAUGAUGACAUAAUCAUGAUGGCUUGCUUUUAGCUGCUAAAGCCCUCAGGAUGUCUUGGUUCACUGAUCUGGCAGGCCGAGCCGAGGACUUCUUAAACAAAGUGGACCAGGGAGCAGCCACAGCUCUGACCAAAAAUUCGACUCGAAAAUCCUCCCUGUCAUCCUACAGCCCUGAGGACUCUGUUGACCCUCUUGCUCAGCAGGGUUCCGCAGGCUAUAGGGCUUCUUUUCAGCCCCAGCAUGAGUACCCUGGUCCAUCCUCCAACCAGGAGACACAUGGAUUUAUCUCUGCAGCAGCUGGGAACAUUAAGAAAUCCAAAGCCACUGUGCUCGCCGGCACUUCCAAUGUGUACAGCUCAACUCAGCUGGGCUCUGCCCCUUCCGGCAGUGGCAGCUCUUCUGUUAGAGCCUCCUCCAAUUUUGUCAGGCCCAAAAAACCUGAGGUGGAUGAUGAUCUCCUAUUUGACUUCCUGAACAGCUCAGAUCCACCACAAAGUGAGAGAAUGGAGUCUAGGAGAGAUACAUCGUCCAGUGUGAUGAGCAUGGAAGGUCUGGCUCAGGGACAGGUAAUGGCUGGAUCAGUCACUGCCGCUCCCCAGGGUGUCCCCUCGACACCAGCUACCCCACCUUCUACACGGGGUCUGUCCAGAAACUCCAGCCUCAGCUCACUCAGCGCCAGCACGCACAGUGCCAAGACUGAGGACGGCUCUGCCCGAGACUUCAGCCAAGGUGAUACACCAGAGAGCUCUGACUCUGGACUUGCUGCUGCCCUGGACCCCCCACCUGUCACGGUGGAUUCUGCAGCCCCUGAGGAGCAGGUCGGACAGGUGCUGUCCAACUUGCGCCUGGAGAACCAGCUUCUGCGUAGCGAAGUUACCUCUCUCAACCAGGAGAUGGCCUCCCUCGUCCAGAGAGCAAAAAACACGCAGGAGGAGCUGAACCAGGCUCGAGCUCGUUCUGAUAAGUGGAACUCAGAACAGUCCCGGACAGAUCGUGCCGUCAGGGAUCUGCGGUCUCAGGUUGAUGAUCUCACAGAAGCCCUGUCGGCCAAGGACGCUCAGUUGGCCGUUUUGAAGGUGCGACUGGAUGAAGCAGAUCAGUUGCUGAAGGCCCGAAGCUCCGCUCUGGAGGAGGCUCAGAAUGAGAGGAGCAGGAUCCUGCAGGAUCACAGUGAGGGCAACAGCCUGCAGUCUCAAGCUCUGCAGACGAUGCAGGACUGUGUCCGAGAGUCUGAGGCAGCCCUUAAGCGGGAGCAGGACAGCUACAGGCAGAUGCAGAGCGAGUUUGCAGCACGGCUGGCAAAGAUUGAGGCGGAGCGGCAGACACUGGCGGAGUCACUGACCAGUGCGGAGCGCAGGGUGACGGAGGAAAGGCAGAGAGCGGAGGAGCUCCAGCAGCAAGCCAAGAGUUCUCGGUCUGCUGCGGACUACGCCAAACAGGAACUGCACGACUACAAAAACAAAGCGUCUCGCAUCCUACAGUCUAAGGAAAAGCUGAUCAGCAGCCUAAAGGAGAGCUCAGGUUUAGAUGUGCUGGAUGGAGGAGCAGGAGCAGCAGGAGUGGAGCUGGAGGAGUUAAGGCAUGAGAAGGAGCUCCAGAGAGAGGAGAUUCAGAAACUGCAGGCUCAGAUCCAGAGCCUCCGCUCAGAGAUACAGGAGUUGGAGAGCCAGGCUGUGGUGGAGGCUGAGAGCUGGAGAGAGCAGCAGCAGGAUCUUCUGGAACAACAGGCACAGCAGAGCAGAGCCAAACAAGAGGUGGAGGCAGAACUGGAACGCUGUAAACAGGAGCUGCAGUAUGUGGAGGAGGAACAGCAUCGCACUAAAAGCUCACUGCAGAGUCGCAUCAAGGACCGAGAGGAUGAGAUCCAGAAACUCAGGAACCAGCUAACCAAUAAGGCUCUGAGCAACAGCAGCCAGGCGGAGCUGGAGGGGCGCCUGCACCAGCUCACAGAGACGCUGAUCCAGAAGCAGACCAUGCUGGAGGCUCUGGGUACUGAGAAGAGCUCGCUCAUCUUCCAGCUGGAGCGACUGGAGCAGCAGCUCAAGAGUGUCCAGGGUGGCCAGAGCAGCGGACCGCACAUCAACAUGGUAGCUGUGGAGGGACCAGGGGCAAGACAAAGAAAUACUCCAGUUCUGUUCAGUGACCACGACAGCUCGGCGACAGGGGUGUACGGGAAAGUGCGAGAAGCUGCUAGCACCAUAGAUCGCUUCAGUAUCCGGUUAGGGAUCUUUCUCAGACGUUACCCAGCAGCCAGAGUCUUUGUAAUCGUUUAUAUGGCACUACUGCACCUCUGGGUGAUGAUCGUGCUGUUGACAUACACACCAGAGAUGCAUCCACAAUCAUCACAUCCUGACGGCAGAUAGAAGAUUAAGAAGAAGAAUUUAUUAUGUAUAUUAAAUAUGUAUCAGAUGAUCUACAUGUACAGAAGGAAAGGAAACUAUGAAUCUAUACAGCCUGUCAGACGGUGGAUGGCUGACAGUAUGUGCAAUCUGACUGAACUGGUACUGAUCAUGUGCACACAGGUGUUCAGUGGAACAGUUUCAUCAUCAUCAUCUCUCUCUCUCUAUCUCUCCUCGUAUUUUCAUGUUUUCUCCUUCUCUAUUUGGGUUCAUCUUAAUCUGUGGGAUUUAUGGAAAUGGUAUUGAAACUGCAUUAGGUGAGGGAUACGCAGAUAUGCAGACAGAUUGUUUUGCUUUUAUUUAAUGGGAUUCAUGGACAGAAAUGUGGGGGUUUUAAUGAAGACUGUCUCUGGCAAAUGGCUUCACUCAGUUUUAAUCAGUGGUGGCUAUUUUUGUUACAGUACCAUAUAGUGCAUUUCUUAUUUCUUCUGGUUUCUUUUAAUAAACAUUUCCACACUGACAAACCCAGAA